AUGGGUCAGUCGGCCUCCUCCUCGCAGGAAACCCCUUCAACGGGUGGAGGCUUCAUCGCUUCCGCCAACCAUUCCGAGUCCCGCCGUGCUGGUAGAGCAGAGUCUCCCGCUUUGGAGGUGCAGAGCAUGCUUUACACCCUGAACUUUCCUCCUCCAGCGUCUGGCGCAGGCGCAGAAGGAGUGGGUAGUCCCACAUGCACAGUCGGUUCCGCCGGCAAUGCGAGCGGCGCUGCGGCGGUCGUCCCCAUUUUAUGCCUCGACGCGUCGGCGCUAGACAUCCGCCAGCUAUUCAAGUCGCUGGAGCUGCCGCCAGCACAGCGCGCCAAGACCCUCCAAGAGGCAUCGAGGAAAGGUAGCGUUGUUCUCCUGCGCGCCCCUGCCAACACAAGUGUGUGUGUGCUGAGGCAGCUCCUGCUGGCCCAGACAGCGUCGUCUGCAUCAGCGAGCACUGUAGACAGCGGUGCGUCGAUGCUUCAUCUGUUCGCCCUUCGCCAUCCGUUACUUUCCAUCGCUGAUGGUGCCGCGGCUGAUGCCACACCUUCUUGUGGCACUGCUGAAGUCUCCUCCAACUCGCUGGUGGCGCUUUCGGAGUCGAUGGAGCUGUCCGCGCUGAGCAUGAACAAUCAGCUCUUCUUUUUCCCCCUUAUUGAGGCCAGCGAGACUGACUGCAACCCGCUUGUCAAAGAUCAUGACGGCGUCGGCGCCACCGACUCCUACUGGGCUACGCGGCGACGAGAAGAUGCGGAGGUGGAGGAGGCAGCAGCUUCGAGUCUCUCAGUCGGCGCCGGUGAUCCUCCCACCACAAGGCGUGCACUUGUGCUGCUCUACACCCAUGAGACAAGGUUUGGUUUCGACGGCGACGACUUGCUUCUGCUCGGGUGCUGUGCUUCUAUCUGCGCUUGCAUUGCGGCUGGCAUCUGCUGCAUGAACGCCGCAAAGGACAAUCAGCAACCCCACUACGGCAACACGAAGCCGAACUACUACGGCGGCAACGGUGUGCCCCAGUACAACAACAACGGCGUCGCCAACGCUUACUACGGGCAGCAGCCGCAGCCGAAUUAUUACAACAGUGCGGCGCCCGGGUACGGCGUGCCGCCGAACGCGUAUGCCAACAGCAAUACGAACGUGCCUCCGCCGCAGCCGCUGUAUCAGAACUAUUACGGCGGAACGUACCAGUACCAGCCGCAGAACCAGCAUCCGAGUGGUAUUCCCAUUCAAUCUGCUACGUACGUUCCCAGCGCACCUGCACCAGGGCCGCUAUAG